AUGGUGGAAGGGCCAGGAUGCAAAUUGAAUGGCGAGAAAAUCCGGGCUCAGGUGCGCCCCGGUCAGGUGGUGACGGGUGUGCGAGGAGGCGCCCUGCAGCCGCCCCGGGUACCGUGCCCUGCAGUUUGUCCAGGGGCAUCUGGAUCCCCUUCCUGGACUGCUCCACUGAACAGUAAUAAAGAUUCCUGUUGGAAUUUCCCAGGACUGCUUAAUGGAUGUGUUUACAGUGGUGUGGAAACUUUGGGGAAAGAGCUUUUUAUGUACUUCGGGCCAAAAGCUUUAAGAAUUCACUUUGGAAUGAAUGGCUUUGUCCUGAUUAAUCCACUCAAAAGUAAAGAUCAAACAAGGACACCCCCUAUUUUUGAAGUCCAACUCACCAAAGAUUUGAUUUGUUUCUAUGACUCAAGUGUAGAAUUCAGGAAUUCUAUGGAAAGCAAACAGAAGAUAAGAAUGAUGGAAGACUUAGAUGUAUGCUCACCCAAAUUUAACUUCUCAAGGGCAGAAAAUGAAGUGAAAAAGCAGAAGGACCGAAUGUUAUGUGAUGUGUUAAUGGACCAGAAUGUGUUACCUGGAAUAGGAAACAUAAUAAAAAAUGAAGCCCUCUUUGAUAGUGGACUCCACCCAGCUGUUACAGUUUCUCAGCUAAAAGAUGAACAGAUACAUCACCUUGUGAAAAUGAUACGUGACUUCACAAUCCUUUUUUAUAAGUGCCGCAAAACAGGCGCAGCUCUUUAUAGACACUAUAAAGUGUACAAACGUUCUGACUGUGGUCAGUGCAGUAACAAGAUAACUGUGUGUCGCUUGGGGGAGAAUAACAGAAUGACCUAUUUCUGUCCUCGGUGUCAAAAGGAAAAUCCUCAUUCUAUAGAUAUAAGCAAGCUGCCCACGAGAAACAAUCUAAUUGGCUGGGCAUAUAGCAGGGGGCUGUAUUCUAAUGAAUGUGUUGCUCAGAAAGCUGAAGAGGAAUGGACAUGUGCUGUCUGCACCCUAAUAAACAAACCUUCUGCUAAAGAAUGUGAUGCUUGUAUGACUUCAAGACCCAAUGAUGCAAAGAAAGCAGAAGAUGACAAUAAUUCUGUCACCUAUGAUAAUAAUCUGAUGAAGUAUCCUUGUAAUAAUUUUGUUAAAUGCCAUAAGGAAGUAAAGAUUAAUCGGAAGACUGCAUUUGGAAUGACAACUCUGGUUUUGACAGACCUAAGCAAUAAAUCCAAUUCUUUAGAAAGUAUCAGAAAACCAAACGUGAAGUCUAAUGGAGAUGUUCAAAACUCUCCUGUUGGUCACGUUUGCUUUAAUGAUGCACAGCAUCCCUCCACGGAGAAAGGCAAAGCCACAAUUCUACCAUGGGACAAAGUCAAUGGAUCACCCAUCUUUGAUUCUCAAUCUAGCUUAUUAAGUCCAGCACACAAAAAAAUGAAGACUAACCGCUCCUCUCCAGAGCUCAAAAGUUACAGCACUGAAUUCUCAAGCACUGAACUUCAAGUUAAUAUGACAGAUGGUACUUGUACAAAAAACAUUGACAGUCCUCGCUGCAAUAAACACAACCGCCUCUGCGUUCUCCGAGUUGUGAGGAAGGAUGGAGAAAGCAAGGGCAGGCAGUUUUAUGCUUGUCCUUUACCUAAAGAAAGUCAGUGUGGGUUUUUUCAAUGGGCUGAUUUAUCCUUUCCGUUCUGCAAUCAUGGAAAACGCUCGAUCAUGAGGACUGUGCUAAAAAUUGGUCCUAAUAACGGAAGAAAGUUCUUUGUGUGUCCUCUCGGGAAAGAUAAACAGUGUGAUUUCUUUCAGUGGGCCCAAAAUGAACCAGGAAUACAAGUUACCCCAGGAUGCUAAUUGUUCUUAACUUGUAUAAAACAUCUGCUUCUUAAUCUCUUAAAAUAUUAUAUAAGGCACUAGACUCUUUUUAUUUAAUUUUGAGGUUAAAUAAUAGCCACAGUUCACUGGAGGCAUCACCAGUGCUUGAAGGUUAUUGUUGAUAUUCCAGAGCUCUCUUCCAGCUUCCUAUGUAUCUUCUCUCUCCUCCUGCCCUAUAUUACUUUUACCUUGAUGAGGUCAUUGUGUUUCAUCAAAUAUAUUAAUACCUCCUAUGUAAUGACUGUAUUUAAU